AUGGCAAUAUCAUCUUCAUCAAGCAUGUCAAUCGUCGAUUAUAAACGACCAUUUAAUGUCGAUGCAAGUUCUAUCACAGAGUAUUUUUGUUCUGUGUUAGCUUCUGAUGGACGUUCAGAUCGUGGUGCUCUGCGAAACGGAAAUCUUUUAUUUAAAAAUCAUUUUGUGCAUUCGAUUGCUGUUAGUCGCCGAUUUAUUGAAGUAACCAUCAUAGCAAAAUGUCGCGCUCAAAUGAAGAAAGCAGUUACGUACGAAGUGAAAUUAUUGAUUAAUACCAAUCGUCCUGCCGAUAUUAUAAGUGGUUGCUGUCAAUGCGUAGCUGGACAAGGACCUAAAGCAGCUUGUAAGCAUAUUGCCGCCUUAUAUUUUGGAUUAUUAGAUUACGAUGAUAAAAAACUUUAUGAUGCACGUACUCAAAGACUUCAAGAAUGGCAUAAGCCUACACGUCGUUCGUCGAAUCCAGUUGCUUUACAAGAUAUUGAUUUUGGUUGUCUUCGACAUGGUAUGACAAGCCAAGAAUCUCCUCAGUAUUUAACAUUUCUUAAAGAUUAUACCUUUGUACCUCGUGCUGAAACAACUCUUCAACAGCUACUUGUUAAAUAUAAUCAAGAAUCAACUAUUGCUGCUUCAUUUUUCGUUUCAGAACAACCAUCAAGUGCUGAUUCACCACUUCCAGGUCGCGUAGUUUCGCAAAGUCCAGUUGCAUUUGACUUUUCUACUGAUCCGUCUAUUAUUCAAUAUUAUUAUGAAAAAAUUCACGUUUCCUCUAAUGAAAUAUCCAAGAUUGAGAUAGCAACUCGUGGCCAAGCAGCAUGCGCUCAAUGGUUUAAAGAUCGGAAAAUUCGAAUCUUAGGUAAGCUGAUUUUCAACAGUAGUUUCGAGUCAAACGCAACUGAAUGCGUUUGUUUACAUGGCGCUUCUGGAUAUGAGAUGAAGAUUAAUAGUAGUGAGCUUAUUGAUAUUAUAUUCGGUUACGCAGAAGAAAAGCGGAAAAUGAAUAUUUGUACCAGUACUUACCCAAGUGGACUUCUUAUCGAUCAAACUGCUCCAUAUUUAUGCUGUAGUCCAGAUGCUUUGGUUGUUGAAGUUGUUAAUAACACAAAAUCGUUUGGUAUCCUUGAAUGCAAAUACGUUUAUGCUGACGAACAUGCUACUUGGGAUAGUCUUAUUGCAGCACGUGAAAACUUUUGUUUGGAAUGGAAAGAUAUCCAACUGCAACUACGUUCGGAUCAUCCAUACUAUUACCAGUUGAUCGCUCUGUUGGGUAUUAUUGAUUAUGCAUGGAUUGACAUUUGUAUUUUAAAAGGGCAAGAUGUUCACAUACAACGUUUAACCAAGAAUGACAUGGUAUGGUCCAAGAUCAAACAAAAACUCACUAAGUUUUACUUCAAAUAUUUCUUACCACAAAUACUAAAAGAAGAAUAA